GGACAGUCACAAUAUCAAGUCCACUGCAGACCAUUCUGCACGCCACUUCCAUCUCGUCUCUGUGUCGUCUUCGAUUCUAUUAUCCGAUGCCAGAGCAGUAGUUGAGAUCUGACGCUUGGUCAACAAUGACGUCCCCUUCGAACAGUUCAGCCCGCUCCCAAAGGGACAAGCCCAAAAGAGCUUAUGGCUACGAGGGACUGGAUGGAUGGAGAGGAAUACGGUGGCUUUGUAUAGGUCGAGGCAUGUAUCAUGAUGUGAGAAGGCGCUUACCAUAUUACUGGAGCGAUAUCACGGAUGCACUCACCUACCGAACGAUUGCCAGUACGGUCCGGAUGUAUUUUGUGAACAUCCUCCCAGCCAUCGCUUAUACCCUCGAUAUGGACCGUCGCACAGGAGGGUUCUUCGGCAUUAACGAAGCAUUGUUCUCAUCCGCGCUCGCUGCUGUCGUUUUCAGUCUUCUCGGAGCGCAGCCUUUGACUAUUGUCGGUAUAACCGGUUUGAUAUCGCUGUUCAAUUAUACCAUCUAUGAGAUCAUUGUACAGUACGAGCCUUCUAUUUACCCCAGCUUCAUGGCAUGGACGGGCAUCUGGGCUGCAAUCUUCCACUGGAUUGUCUCAUUGUGUAAUCUUUGUGACUAUAUGCGCUAUGUGACGGAUUUCUCCAGUGAAGCGUUUGGCAUGUACGUGGGUAUAAUCUACUGCAUCAAAGGCGUCGAAGAAUUAACUAGCGAGUUCGAUGCGAGGGGCAGUAAUGCCGGAUACUUGAGUUGCAUGAUUGCCAUCUUGUAUUUCGGAACCAUCUAUGGACUGGAGAAGCUAGGAUCCAGUACCAUGUGGAAACCAUCUCUCAGAGGGCUCCUGGCAGAUUACGCAUAUGUGAUCGGAACUCUCUUCUGGGUCGGAUUCGCACAUUUCCCCGGUCGUUUGCAAACCGCGAACAUCUCUAUGGUGCCAGUCUCUCGCGCCUUCUAUCCAUCGCAGGAUCGAGGCUGGUUAAUCCAUUUCUGGCAUUUGGAUGCCAAAUGGGUCUUUGCUGCAUUGCCCUUCGGAUUCCUGAUUAUGCUUCUUUUCUACUAUGACCAUACUUCUUGUGCUGACACCACACAGAACGUCAGCAGCUUAACUGCCCAAGCACGCCAAUACCCACUGAAGAAACCAGCAGGUUUUCAUUGGGAUUUCUUCUUAUUGGGAUGCACGACCUUUGUAGCCGGCAUCAUCGGUAUCCCGAUGCCCAAUGGUUUAGUUCCACAAGCGCCCGUACAUACUGACUCGCUCACGGUGUACGAGACGGAUGUCCAGAUCAUCUCGACUGAAGAAGGAGAAGGAUCCGAGAUCCGCCGACCAGUAGUCAAAGCCACUGCGGUAGUUGAGCAACGUAUAUCGCAUUUCUUCAUGGCUUUAGCUAUCAUCGGUACCAUGACUGGACCACUUCUGAUAGUCUUGCAUACGAUGCCAUCCGCUGUUUUUGCAGGUGUAUUCUUCAUUGUCGGGUGGGGAUCGAUUGAAACGAACGGGAUUCUAUUAAAAAUUCUAUUCGUCCUGAGAGAAAACCGAUUCAUCCAACGAGAUGAACCGCUACUUACCGUGCGAAAGCGGAAAGUCUUGCUAUGGGUCGCAUGUCAAGCGAUAGACGUCGCUGCCUGUGUUGCCAUUUCUCAAACCAUCGCUGCAAUUGGUUUCCCUAUUUUGAUUAUCGCAUUGAUUCCCUUCCGGGUAUAUGUGAUUCCGAAAUGGUUCAACCAGCACGAACUCAACGUCAUGGAUGACUUGACUGCUAAUAAUAAAUGCGUCCUUGAAAGUCUCGGAGGCGAGCCGAGAUUUCCCGGGAGGGCGAGACCGGAGCAUGUUGGAUUGGAGCGCCAGUAUUCUGAGCGGAAACAUGGCGUAGAUAGGCAGAGGUUUGGUAGUAUCCAUCGAUAA